GAGAAAAGUUGCCUUGCCCUAGGGGUAAUUAGUGUCCUUGGAGUUAAAUAAGCUAAUACUUAGACACCUCUGGCACAGGCAAUUAUGUUUGUGUAUUGAAUAAUUGAUUCAAAGGAGGGGGAAGGGUUGCUAAUCAGAUCUGAGCAUAAUGAAUUGAUUUAAUUAACAAGAGGAUCUUAGGGUCCCUGGGAAAUGUGUGCAUUUAUUCAGCGGUAGGAGAGAGCUUCGAGCACAUAAAUUGAGUGAGCGAGGCAGCGAGCACAUUCCCUUUCAGCUGCAGAGACACAGAUUGUCUUCUUUUCACGAAAUCAUUUUAGAUUUCGGGGGAGUUUUAAGAAAAAAGCACUUUAGAAGUCUGUGCGGCUCGGCAGCAGUAAUAACUGCCAAGGUUAUGAGCGAUCACAUGCAAUUAGAUUAAGACAAAUUUUAUUCUGCAAAUUGAAGGAUCAGAGAGACGGAGAGACAGCGAAGCUCCUUCAAUCCUUCGUUUUAAACUGCAGGCUUAGUUUAUGCAAUUUUUAAGGCACAAGAAGGAAAGAGAGAGCGAGAGAGAGAGGGGGUCAAACUGGUUUUUAGGGGACAACAAACGUUCCUGAAUGUAAUUUGAGCUUGGUGCAAUCUAGGUUAAAGUCGUUCAAAUUUGCAAUUAUUGCCGGCUUACUGGCAGAGGACGAUCGGCUGCAGGGUAGCUCGUCUGUGUUCCCAAAAGCGUGUCCUUCCCUCCGAGUGGAGGCUUCUGGUGACGGAGCAUCUGCACUGCCUUCAGCUUCUGGGACAAUGGUGCUGGACAAGGAGGAAGGUGUGCCGAUGCUCUCAGUACAACCCAAAGGUAAACAGAAAGGCUGCGCCGGCUGUAAUCGGAAGAUUAAAGACCGCUACCUGCUGAAGGCGUUGGAUAAAUACUGGCACGAAGAUUGCCUAAAAUGUGCAUGCUGUGACUGUCGCCUUGGAGAGGUCGGAUCAACGCUUUACACAAAAGCAAAUCUUAUCCUUUGUCGUAGAGAUUACCUGAGGCUCUUUGGAACCACGGGGAAUUGCGCUGCCUGCAGUAAACUGAUUCCUGCGUUCGAGAUGGUUAUGAGAGCCAGAGACAAUGUUUACCAUUUGGAUUGCUUCGCCUGCCAGCUUUGUAACCAGAGAUUUUGUGUGGGGGACAAGUUUUUUCUGAAGAACAAUAUGAUUUUGUGUCAGAUGGACUAUGAGGAAGGACACCUGAACGGGAGUUUUGAAUCUCAAGUUCAAUAACGCACAAAUUUGGGCUUCGCUGAAGCGCCACGGAAUGGAUGUUCUGCUACACAAGCAGUGAGGAGCGUCUGUCGGCUUGCCUGCAAUAUUUUUUUAAUUCACGGUCCCCCCAAAGGACUGUAUAAAAUGUGGUACUUCCCUCCCCAAUAAAACACAAAGCAGUUGCAAUUUUAGGUGUACAGUCGUGCCCGCUUAGCUGAGCACUGCAUUCGCCUGUAUGUCCGUGACGGUUUGGGGGGUGGGGCCCGGGAAGGUAAUGUACAGUCUGUUUUAUGUAUAUAAACUGGAACAUUUAUUUUAUGAAAAUGUAAUGCAAUUUUAUUACUGGUGUGAAAUUAAAGAUUAUGAAUGUUUA